AUGGCCAAGCUGGUCCUUGCACGGGCGAUUCGAGGGCAUCAAACCCGCAGCAUCGAUGGCAGCGAUGGCAGCGCCGUCGAAUCUUCCGAGCAAGAGGCAACACAGCCAAGCUGGUCCUUGGAAGCUGGUCCUUGCAUGGGCGAUUCGAAGGUAUCAAUCCCGCAGCAUCGAUGGCAGCUCAAAUCUUCCGCCAUAGGCACCAUGGCCAAGCUAAUCCUUGCACGGGCGAUUCGAAGGCAUCAGGCCCGCAAUGCAUUGAUGGCAAUACCGUCGAGUCUUUCGAGCAAUAGGCAACACGGCCAGGCUGGUCCUUGGAAGCUGGUCCUUGCAUGGGCGACUCGAAGGUAUCCAACCCGCAAUCGAUGGCAAUACCGUCGAGUCUUCCGAGCAAUAGGUAACAUGGCCAAGCCAGUCCUUGCACGGGCGAUUCGAUAG